CGUGCAGAGAUUAAACAAAAAAAAGCUUCUGUCGAUACUGUGGGCGGUGCAGCUCCCGUGGCGUCCGCCUCGCUCUCGCCGCCCGAUGCCUUGAGUUGAGCUCCAUCUUCGCUAGCUCGCUCUCUAGCAUCCCGAGCGCUCUCUCUCUCACUCUCAUGGAGCUUAGUUGCGUUUCUCCUCGCGCGCACUCUCUCCUCGUCUCCUCUUCCGCCGCCUCCUCUACUCCUUCUCCUUCUCCUUCUUCUCCGAGAGGUGGAUUGGGAUUCUGGUCGCGGGAGGGGAGGAAGGGGAUCGGUCGAGCGAGGGUUAAGGCCUCGGCGGAGCGGAGCGGGGAGAGGAUCGAUGGCGGGAGCGGUGGUGAUCACCGGCGGAGGGGGUUCGCCGGUGCAGGCCCCGCGAUGGAGGCCUCCUCGUCCGCGACGACGACAAGCAGCACGAGGGAUUCUGAGUUCCCCGUUUGGGAGAAGCUGGGAGCCGUCGUAAGACUCAGCUAUGGACUCGGAAUAUAUGGAGCCAUGGCGCUGGCGGGGAAGUUUAUAUGUUCGAUCACAGGAGUGGAUUCUACGGGAGGGUUCCAUCCGUCGCUAAAAGCUAUCGUGGAGGGUUUGGGAUAUGCGGCUCCACCAAUCAUGGCUCUACUCUUCAUCUUAGACGAUGAGGUGGUGAAGCACUCACCCCAUGCUCGUGCCAUUAGAGAUGUGGAGGACGAGGAGCUUCGCAGCUUCUUCUAUGGCAUGUCACCAUGGCAGUUCAUACUCAUGGUUACUGCAAGCUCCGUGGGGGAGGAGCUUUUCUAUCGUGUUGCUGUUCAGGGGGCAUCGGCUCAUAUGUUCUUGGGGAGCACUGAAUUCCUGAAAGAUGCACGUGGAAUCGCAUCUCUAACUGGCAUGCUGCCUCCCUUUGUUCCAUUCGCUCGAGCAUUUGCAGCUGUUAUCACAGCCGCCCUUACAGGAUCACUCUACUAUGUUGCAACUGCUCCAGAAGACCCUACAUAUGUGGUUGCACCAGUUUUACCGUCUUGUCCUGGCCGUGAAGACCUUAAGAAGCUUUUUGCAGCCUGGUAUGAAAAGAGACAAAUGAAGAAGAUAUACUCUCCCCUUUUGGAAGGACUACUGGCUCUUUAUCUUGGUUUUGAGUGGAUUCAGACGGAUAAUAUUCUCGCUCCUAUGAUCACACAUGGGAUAUACUCUGGCGUAGUACUGGGGCAUGGACUCUGGAAAAUUCAUGACCACAGGCGUAGACUGCGGCAAAGAAUCCAGCAAGUGAGGGUGGAAGCCAAGAAGUCAAAUAAAUCAUAGACCAAGAUGGAUAAUCAUCAAUGUUUGCAAGAAAGAAAGGGAUGCUUUCGCUUGAACUGACACGAGAGCCAAGGGCCAGACCUUGUGGUGGAAUGGCUGCACAUUAUGUAACAAAGAGCGGGUAUCAAUGAGCAGCCUGUAAUCUACUACUGUAAAAAUUUAAUCACGUAGGCAAAUGUAAAAAGGAGAGGUAUUUUGUCCGCGGAUACUAUAUCAGAUAUAAAAAGGAGCUUAGUUCCAUCUAAGGCCAACUUAUAUGUC